AAAUCAAAAUGAUGUCAUAUCCCACAGUAACGUUAACACCUUUACGCUUAUCGACUGACAAGCGAUGUAAACGUCAAUCCAAUUUCAUGCAUGAAAAAGGCAAAAUUUUUGUAAAAUGAUACGAAACUUAGUGUUAAAAUUACCCAGUCUCAAGGCCACCAGCGAAAAUGUAUUUACAACUAUCGUUCGUAAAAGAAGUUUCCGAUCACUCUCACCUGUAAAAGCAUUAUCUUCCUCAUAUACAACGGAAAGAUCAUUAUCAUGCUCAAGAUCUAACUACAGCUCUAAAGUUGCUAAUCGCAGAUCUUUAUGCUUCAGUAAGGAAUACUACGCAAAACCUGUCUCCACUAAAGAAUCGGUUGAUAUUUCUGAUAAGGAAGUGCAAUGGCGUGAAGAUCCAGCAAAAAAACCACAAGUCCAAAAUAAACCAGAAGAUGAUUUUAACAGGGAUUCAAUUCAGACUUUAGAACAAUAUGAGUUAGAGGCAGCAAGACCUAGGUGCUCAAAAAGUAGAGAUCUUAUCGAUGCUUUUGUAUCUAAAUCCAAGAUUGAUUCGUGUUUUCAUUUGCAACCAUGUCACAUGAGACCCUACGGUUCACCAGAUAACCUUUAUUCUGUUAUGUUAAUUAGACCUACUACCGUUUUAAAAUAUCCAAAGAAACCAAAAAAAUUUGUAGCCAAAGAUGCUAUAGGAAUGGAUUUGCCCAAACCUAAAUCUAAUAAAUCAAGACCAACAACCCCUAAAUCUCAAUGUAGAAGCUUCUCGACAAAUCCAUUAUUUAAAGAGCCUGAGACAAAAAACCGUUCUUUGUCUACCACUAAAAGUUGUAUUGCGAAAGUAGGAAGCAGCACAAACGAUGACACAACUAGCAUCAAGGAGAGUUUGAAGUUUCCCAGUAGUCCGAAAAAUUCAAUUAAUGUCAAUAAGCCAAAUCCUCAUAACCAGCAUUGGUCAUUACGCCAACAAAUACUAGAAUUUAGUCCUCCAAGGUAUCAAAAUUUCAAUGCAGAGGACGUGGACCCAUUUAGGGUGGAGUUAUCAACUCCUGAAAUGCGUAGAAAUAGGAAAGAACAGCAAAAUCGGAAUGGCUCUGAAAACUACAAAAGUUGCUACUCCGACCUAAUAAAAAUAAAAUUAAAAGAACGUCAAGAAAAUGUAUACCUAAAAAAAACUGAUAUAUCUUGUAUAUCCGCAAAUAAAUACUGCCAUCCAUGCUUACAAAAAAAUAAAACCAGCGCAGAAAAUGAAACGCUUAAAGCCUUUAAGAUCUCUCCAAGUUCAAGAGGGUUAAGAACUGAAGCAAACACGAAUGAAAAGAUGACUACAAAAUCGGCCAUAGAUGUAAGCUUAUUAUCCAAAAAUAGAAACGAAGUUACAAACCUGCAGUCCAGAAGUUUUUCCAAGUUUUCUAUGAUGAACGCCAAUAUUCUGUCAAAAGAAAAAAUAGAACCACAAUGUAAUUCUCCUCUGCAAACCUCAAGAAGUUUUGCAAAAUGUGAUAAAGACUAUAUUCGUAUUCCAAAGAAGCCUAAGAAGUGUAUAGACAUUUGUGAUCCAGUUAAAAAGGCAAUGGGCUAUAAAAAAAAGAAAGGCAUCCCCUAUGAACCGGAAAAAUGCCCAGAUGAAGAAGAAAAAAACCGGCCAAAAAAGAUUUUCCUACCAUCGAAAGUAAGACUACCGGUUCCUCCUUGCACUCCACGUCCUCCAUACGAAGACUGCAAGGUGCCAGUGCCAUGUCCAGACCGAGCCGAUAUGUGUCUGGAAAUAUUACCAAAAAAACUUCCAAAGCUGCCACCAAAUGAUUGUCCCUGCAUUGACCAACCCAUGCCUGAUAAAAAUCCAAGGCUUGAAAGACUUUGCUUUAAAUUUGAGGAUCCGCCAAGAGGGAUAUGUCAUCCUCCUCCCUGUCAAACUCCUAGAGCUGAUGAUUCUAAUCCUUACAAAUUCAAACCUUUGAAACCUUACGUGCCUCAAGAUUGUGCUUGUAUUGAACCUCCUCCCUUGGUUGGAGUCAAGAUGAAGAGACUCCCAAAGUGUUUUCCAGAUGAGGUUUGCAGACCUGUAAGAGUAUGCCCUCCAGAAAAACAGUGUCCUCCGCGAGCUGAUGAAUGCUACAAAAUUGUACCAAAAAAACUUCCCAUGAUUGAAUGUAUAUGCCCCUGUAUCGAACCGCCGAGGCCUACCAUAGCUCCCCCAAUUAAAAGGCUUAAUUUGAAGGUACCAGAGCCUAAAAGGGUUUGUCCUGAGCCUCAUGUCUGCGAAUGCGUAGAUCGGGCAGAUGCUUGCAUUCCACCAAAAAAGAAAAAGUUACCUAAGUUUGUACCGGGCGACUGCCCAUGUGAAGAUAAACCAAUGGUAGACUGGAAUUUAAAGCGGUUAAUUUGUGAGGAUGAAGAAAUUGAGUGCCCUAUAGAACUUCCCGACCCCUGCAAAGAUUUUCCUAGGGCAGAUUGGGGAUGUUGGGAAUACUCUGAGGACACCUGCGCUGUCAUAGAUGAAAAAUGCGAUCAUAGGUUCGAUCCUUGCGAUCCACCACCCCCACCCAAGCCUUGUCGUAGGAAAGAUAUAUGUGAAGAUGAGUCCGCUGGACCUUUAAAUUAUACCAGAACCACGCCAAAAAGAAAAUUUAGCACUGCCAGCAUAAGUUCCUCUCUAAAGCUUUAUGAAAAUUUAAAAAAUAAUACCAUAGAUAGUCCAACAUUUAAGUUAUCAAGUACACGAUCAGUUGCGUCCGUUAAACAGAAAGAAAAAUCAUUACAAAAACGAAAAAGUGCCACUAAUUUGUUUGAGAAUUCCUUAAAGAAAUCAAAAAGCACUCCUGUCAUUCAUCUUAUUAAAAUGCUAAAUGAAAAGCCCAGUGACUUUUCUAAAAAUGAUCUAUUAUUCAAGCCCAGGGAUGACGAAAAAGUAAACUAUCAAAAAAUUUUAACAAAUAUUGCCAACUCUUCUACACAUAUAACAAAGAAAGUUGGAAAACCAGGCACAAUACUUUCAAGCUUUAGAAAACCAAAACCAACCAAUACCACCUUAACAGUGGCAUCAAGGGCCAUAUCUACUACAGAACAGCUGAAGAACUCGGAGGAAAAUAUGAAGAAAAAUCGAGAGACAAAGGUCAAAGAGAAGUGCAAAAAGAUCAAACCGAGCCUUAAAUCUCUUAUGUGCAAAAAACCUUGUCCUAAGUUAUCACAAUGCGGCUUGAAAUGUAAUGUUAGUAAGGCACAUAGACUGCCGGGAUGCAAGUUUGAACGUAUUCCCGUUUGUUGCGACAAAGAAGAGGCUCCCUAUUCUGCCUAUAGUGAUAACUUUCCUGAUACAAUUCGGCCGUUUUUGACGAAGACUCCUCAGUGGAAUUGCGAGAGGCAGCAGUAUGGCUACUAUCCUGUGGGUCGUAAGGAACAAGAGGGAUUAGAUAUUAAGAAGAAAGGCAAGGGUGAAAAUAAGAAUUACAGUACAAGCGCUCCCGCUUCGAAGAUAUUGGUGCCUAAUAAAGGAGAUAAUGGUGUCGUGAAACAAAAAAAUAUGCUACUAAGGGAUCCUUCCUCAGUCUCAAGUUUUACCACUAAGCCACCUUUACGAUCUCUAACCUCUCAGGUUCCACUCAAAAAAGAAUUUUUAAAAAAACUCUCUGCGCCUCGCACAUUCUGUAGUCAGAGCAGAUCCAUCGCCACCAAAGUUUUCGAAAUUCAUUUUCCCGAAACCAACAAAAGACCAAGGGCGAGUGCGGAGUGUGGAAAAGAUUCAUAUGAAGUCAGUUCUGCUCCUGCCAUUUCUUGCGAAACCAUAAGUGACUGCGAAGCCGACCAACGGUGGUGCUGCAAAAGAGAUUUUGUUACAACGAAUGUGCCCCGAAAACCUCCUCCAUUUCCUGCAUUUAGUGAUUGCCUGGAUGAAGAAAUGGAAGACAUUUUAACGGAAUGCCCUCUGGAUAAAGAAAAAUAUCUUAAAUUGCAGCCUAGGUAUACUCACUUACCUAGACAUCAUUUACAUAUUAAACCGCCACCUCCAAAGCAAGGAAAAAUAGAUCUACUUAAAGAACAAGACUGCCUUAGGGAGAAGCUAUGUCUUGAAAAUCAAGGUGUAACUCAAUCAUGUACUGAAUUUGGACAACCGGUGCAGUUAUUAAGAUCUAAGAAUCUUGUGACCGAUGAAAACUGGGAUUGCAAGCGAGUUGAAGAACUUAAAAAGGUUGGGAGAUGGCCUCCACUUAGUUCACUUAAAAAUCGAAGAUAUUUCUCAACUGUUACACCAAACUUCAGAAGCUACAGCACUUUGGGGUUUAGUAACUUUACCGACGAAGAAUCUAAUCAAAGCAGUGCAACUAAAAGAAAGUAUGUAAGAAAUUUUCAUAUCCUUACUAAAUCAAAUAAAACCGUCUUUAAAGAAUGCGCAGAUAGUGUAAAGAAGGUUACACAAAAGUUGUUUCCUAACAUUGAUGAGAAUACCAAAUUGCUAAAGCUCACAAGUAAUCAGUGGAGGAUUCAUAACUUAAUAAUGCAUGAAAAACUUAAUAAACAAUGUAAUAUAGCUAGAAAUGUAAAAAGAUUUUAUAGUUCAUACAAAAUAAAACGUCGUAAUAUAUUUGGGAAAAAAAUAAAAUACGGAGCUAAAAGAGGCUUUACGACUGGAAGGCGAUUUUAUCAAGGUCGUGAAAAAUGUAAAAUCAAAACUAAUAAAAGAACUUGCCCAAAGUUUACUCUAAAUAACUGUCCUCCAAAAGCAAAACGAAAAGCCCAAUGCCAAAAAGUUGUACCUACAAGUUGCACAAAGCCGUUUUCACCAUAUCCAGCAUUUUCAGAAUGCAAAGAUCAUGAACUCCUAACACCAUUUUGUGAAUGUGCAUACGAUGAAGACAAAAUGGAAGAUCUUCAGCCACAAUUUAAUCAAUUUAAGAAGAUUCCUUUAAUUAUGAAGGAAUAUCCCAGUCAGAAACAUGUUAAUAAAACUUUAGGGCGUGAAUAUUACAAGUGUAAGCACGGAAUACAAACUACUGGCCAAACUAUUGGUUGUGAUUCAUUAGGUGAGUGUUUGUAUACGCGUGAUGGUCAACCAGCCAGUUGUGAUAAAAUUGAUGAAGCUUUUAGACAAUGUCAUCAGAGAGGCCAAAAUUCAUGUGAGAAAAAUAUCGUGGAAGUCUUAGUUCAAGAUCAUCAACUAGACCCAACAUGCUGUAAAGAAAGUUGCAAUAACUAUUGUGAUACAGAACGUGAAAAACUUAAGGAACUCUGUAUGAAGGAAUGUCUUAAGUCAAUACCAUGUACGCUACCAGAAGAAGAAAAAUAUUGCAUCUGUAAGGAAAGAUGUGAUUGUGUAAUACAACAAAUGAAAGACGACAUAGAAGCCAACGAACUUUGUCAAGAUCAUUGUCAGAAAAACGCGAAAGACUCUGAGGUAGUGGCUAUGAGACGUCGUUCAAGGCCUACGAGUGAAGAUUGCGAGCUCCAACAAAAAACCAAACUUAGAAGUGUUAGAUGUAUUAAAGUACCAGAGCGUCCUAAGUCAAUGCCUUGUCAGGACGCUUGCGAGAAUGUUUAUGAGACAUUCUGUGAAACAGUUUGUGAACCUAAACCAGUAUGCAACCCAAUUCCAAAGAAAGUAGUAUGUUGUAAGGAAGUAACUGUAAAACCACCCUGUUGUCCUCCAAAAGCUUCCAAAAGCUUUACCCAACUAGAAACUCUUUGGCAAAAAGUGGUUAACUAUUUUAAAGCCCGACCUAAUUGUCCUGCACCGGGGGAUUAUAAAAAGAAAGCCCUAAAAGAAAAAGCGGAAAAAGCAGCAAAAAAAGCUGGCCUAAUUGUGGUGGAUCCCAAAUGUUUACCAGAUGAUGUCGUUGAAAGCUUUAAAGCACCAAAAAAGGAAUGUUGUAAGGUUUGUCCAAAUCAAGACCCCUGCGAAAUAAAGGCGGGUACCAGAUCAAGUUCUCCAGAGCCUAAUAGGCGUACAUAUAGUACAGCUUCGAGAAGUUUUUCCAGGAGUAUUAGCUGUGAAAAUCUAAAUGAGAUUAAUAAAAUGAUUACAGAAUCUCAGCUAAAAGAAAGGCAAAUUUUAUAUCAAAACUAUAGGAAAAAAAAUAUUGCAAUUUUUCCAGAUAGAAAAGAUUCUAAGACUUCUGAAGCCAUGAAAAUGUCUCUUGAUAUGAGACUUGGAAAAAAAUGGGUUAAUUUAGCAGAGUUGUGUAGGCCAGAAGGCGCGAACUGUCCGAAGACUUAUUUUGGUUAUACUGAUAUUAUUCCUAGUAGAGAAAACAUUUUGGAAAGAGCUUGGAGAAUUAGCAUUGAGGCAUAUAGCAAACACAACUAUCCUAGAACAUAUAAUUUUUUCAAUGAAUUUUUUACGAGGGUGGAAAACUCUGUGAAAAGUAUGGAAGAUCUUGAGAAGUUAAAAACCGAAAGUGUACUUCGUGAGUUGGAUCAGUUUUUGCAAUGUGAUGAUUCUUAUAAGAAGAAGAAGUGAGAAAAGUGUUUUUUGUAUAAAUAUUUCUGUUACGCAGUUUGUCAUAAAUAUGUAAUUUGAAGUAAAGUUAUUCGCUGGUAAA